AUGCUUAAUCCUGUCACAAUCAAGACGUCACGAACUGUUAGUAGUAUCGUACCUACCACUAAUAAGAAAUUACUUCGAAAAAAUGUUAAAAAUAGAUUGAAAAUUAUCUCACAGAGAGAAUUAAUUAAGCAAUCCGAUGUGAUACUGAACAAAUUGAAACCCAUACUACUGGAACAACAAACACAAAAAGGUGCGAGCUUGGGUAUUGGGUGUUAUAUGAAUAUGGAUGCUUCAGAAGUAAAGACUUUAAAUAUUAUCAACUUUUUAUUUGAGAAUGGGUUUACUGUAUAUUUGCCAAAAUGUACUUCAACAAAGGAAAGCGGUCAAAUUAAUUUAAGAACACCACAGCUAGAUAUACAUCAUCCACAUUUAACUUUCCAUCAAAUGGUGAGCUUUCAACAUGUGUUAGAUCUAAAACCAAGUGGCAAGUUUAAAUUAAAGGAACCCUCCGAUGAAUCUGCAGGUGCACAUCCGCCUAAUGAUAUAGACGUAUUAUUAGUACCUGGGGUGGCAUUUAAUUUGCAUAAUAUGGCCAGAUUGGGUCAUGGGUGUGGUUACUAUGACGAUUAUAUAUAUAGGCAUGCGCAUUAUAACAAUAAACGUCCCUUACUGUUGAUUGGUCUGGCAUUAAAAGAACAAAUCAUUGAACAAGAUAUACCUUUGGAAGAGCAUGACCGUAAAUUAGACUGUAUAAUAGUGGGAGAUGGGACUGUAAAUUGGAAAUAA